AUGAUUUUCCUCUCUUACUUUUUAUUAGUACUAUUCAGUUGUGCUUAUGUUGAGGCUUCCGCCGUUUACGGGGUCUUCACUGGUAUUUCUUCAAUUACUUGGAGUGAUGCUGCUGGUUAUUCCUUCCAAUCUCCUCAAAAUCCUAAUUGGUUAGCUACUCUUAGCUGGUCCAUAUCUGGUGUGAAAGCCGGUGAUACUUUCCAAUUAACAUUGCCUUGUGUGGACAGGUUCACUUCUUCUGCAACUUCGGUUAACUUAGCUGCCAACGGUAAAUCGUUUGCUACUUGUAACCUUUCAAAUAGUACUGAUAAAAAUACUGAUUCUCAAUUGUUAUGUACCGUCUCAAGUAUUGUUACUGCUUCUACUAAUGUGGUUGGAAGUGUGACUAUCCCUUUCACCUUCAAUUCCGGUUUAGGUACUGAUAGUUCUGAUCUCGCUUGUGCUGCAAAACUCAAUGCUGGUACUAAUACAAUUAGUUGGAGUGACGGUAAAAAUACUUUAACUUCAAGCGUUUACUAUAAUGGUGGUGUCAAUACUGAUUUAAGUUCAAAUGGUUAUGGCCCAAUUACUAUGGUUGUAGAUCGUAAGAUCCAUCCUGAUCUGAAACAAGAAUAUUCUCUUCUUGGUAAUGGUAAUUGUUUACUUAGUACCAAAUAUUCUGGUGUUUUGGGAAUGUCUUUUGAGUCUGCUCUGAUUGAUUGUUCAACCCUUGAAGUUGCUGCAGCUAGCUUCAUCAAUGACUGGUAUCACCCUUCACAAACUUCUUCUCUUUCUUAUAAACUCGAUUCUUGUUCAAGUACUAGUGUUCAAAUUUCAUAUUCUGGUGCUGAUGAUUGGGUGCGUCCAUUCUUAGAUGUUGUGGUAACCCCAACAUCCAAGAAUGUUAAAGUCCAUUAUACCAAUACUUACAAAUGUUUGUUCGAUAUUAUCAAUUACUAUAAUGAUCUUGACUACACUUGGACUAAUAAUGACAAAAUCGUUGAACCAAAUGUGGUUGGAAGAGAAAUCGUUCUGACCACUUCAAUUUGGACCGGGACCACUACCAAGACCACUACUCUUCCCUUCACAAGUACUACUGGGACAGAGACCAUAGCUGUUCUUGUCCCUGGAACUAGCAGUUCAAGCAGCAGUUCAAGCAGCAGUUCAAGCAGCAGUUCAAGCAGCAGUUCAAGCAGCAGUUCAAGCAGCAGUUCAAGCAGCAGUUCAAG